AAAGAAGAAAAUAUAUAUUAUCCACUGAAUCUGAUUCAGGUAGUCUCACCCAAUUGAGCUUGUGUUUCCCUUGACCUCGUGUGUGGGGUUGACUCCAGCUGGCAGCUGGGUGCCCACACAGCUGCUCUCUCCCUCCCCUGUGGAGGAGGCAAGAAGACUUGUUGAUAGAGAUAAAAUAAAUGUAAUAGGUAAAGCAAAAGCUUUGUGUAAAAGCAAAGCAAAAUAAGGAAUUUAUUCACUUUUACCCAUUGGCAGGCAAACAUUUAGCCAUGUCCUGGAAAGCAGGGCCUCAGCAUGCAUGAUGGUUACUUGGGAAGGUAAAUGCUGUCACUACUGAUGUCCCUUUUUCCUUGAGCUUUUGUUGCUGACCACAACACUAUAUGUAUGGGAUAACCCUUUGGUCAUUUGCGUCAGCUGUUCCAUCUGUGUGCCCUCCCAGCUUCUUGCCCACCCCCAGCUCUGGGGGCAGAAUGAGAAUGGGAGAAGGCUCUGACACUGUGUAGGCACUGUUUAGCAACAGCCACCACACUGGUGUGUUAUCAACACUGUUUUAGUCACUGCUUUAGUCCAAAGCACAGCACCCUGCAGGCUGCUGGGGAGAAGGUUAACUCCAUCCCGGCCAGACUUAGUACACCCAGCAGCAGGUGAGCCUCCAAACCCAGGGGAAUUUUCACCAUGAAAGGAUAAUCUGUCAGACAGAGGUGAGAACAGGCUGUACCUUGUGAUAGUUGAUAUUAUACAUAAAAAUAAUUUUUAAAAAAAUCUGCAAAACAAGUUGUGUUUUAAAUGCAAAGGAAGAAAGAGAAGAAAAGUGCCAGAAUCCUUCUGACCUGGAAAAUGCCCAUAGUUCAAAUUCAAAUAAUCUGUUAUGCUUGCCUGUGAUGGGCUGUAAAAGUGUCUGGUGGUUCAUUUCUGGACAGUUUGCUGGAGAGUCAAUAAGAAGAACUGCUUGCUGACAUAGUCACGUGGCUGCAGAAGCUCACCAGAGCAGGUUCACCUGCUGGUGAGCGCAGGUCACCUCACGUCUGUGCAGCACAGAGAGUCGAGGGAUACACUCUGUCUUCUCAGCAGGGUUUUCUUCCUGUUGUUAAGCAUCUCUGCCAGCUUCACUUGCAAAGACCAGUUGCUUCCUCCCUACCGGCAAGCAGGAAGGGAAAUAUGAUAAUCAAAUUUUGUGGGCUUUUGAAUUCAUGACAGACUUCCAAGAAGGCCUGAAAACAUAAUAUCUGGGCAGGUAACAAAAUGAAGGGUAAUCUGUUCUGACAGCUGUCUCAGUGCCUAGAUACAGAGGUAUGGAUGACUUCUGUCCAUCUCAUGCUGCCCUGGGUCUGAAUCUAGUGACACAUAGUGGCAGCUAGUUGUCCAUUAAGUAACACUGGAGCAGCGACACACAGAUUGAUGUGGUUUCAAAAGUUUCUACCACUGUGGAAACUGAAGGGGUGAUUCCCCCCGCUCUGAUAAAGCUCUAUCUUUUCUGUCAGGAAGAUGGGAGUAACACCUACCCACUUCAGUCAAGCUUUGCUGAAGCACAGCAAGCGAGAAGUGACGUAAAGGUCACAUUUCAUGAUUACAGCACUCCUAAGCUUCAUUACAUAGUUGAGGCUGAGGGAAUCUAUAGCAGCUGCUGCUGAAAAGGUCCUGCCCCCAUUUGUACCUCCUCUUACACCUGACAGGGCAUCAUAGCUCCUCCACUGCGCUCUUGUCAAGCACUUUUUUGGUGUGUUUACUGCAUGUUUAGGACUAUUUUUCUGUUACUUAUGUGAAUUAACUUAAUACAGGAUGAAAUGAGCAGCUCAGAUGGUGCAUCUAGGGCAGGAACUCACCUUUCAGCUGUGCUGGCAUGUUAGCUCAGUGCAAAAUAUAACACACAACUUUUCCCUAGAUACUACAUUAGGUGGAAUGUGAAGACAAUAUCAGUUUCUCUUACCAAAAAUAAAUAAGCUGAUUAAGAUAAAAAAGUAAAAUCCUUGAAGUUAUCUGGCCUGGCAGAACGACAAAUGACUACCACCAGAAAUUUCACCUUUGUCAAUGUGAACAGCAACUCUCUUCCCCUAACAGAAACUACAAAGUCACAGCCACAGCAGACGACACAGCUGGGUGAGGGGAGCUGGAAGAACUGCCUUGCAGUUGAAGCCAUCUGUUGCUGGUUACACAUAUGAAGCAUAGAUUGUGCCUGGAACUCACCUGUCAUGAGUGCCAUUUCUGAAGCUGACCCCAGGAAGGCAUUGAGGUUGUUAAUCACUUAAAAGUAAAGACAGCUCUAUAGUUAGCAUCCAUUGAGGAAAGUACUGUUUUACAUCCUCUAUAAAUAUUUAAUUACCAAAGAAAAAAGUAUGGAACUGUUAUGGUACCAGUGACUUCCUGCAUCUGAUUACAAAAAGGAUUCUCAGUUUGAAGCCUGAUCUAUUUCAACAAUAGGAAAUAUGUUGCCUGGAGCAGCUUAUUUCUUGGUUACAAUAAAAAAAAACAAACAAAUUUGAGUGUUCAAAAUGUAUGUUACAAAGUUCUAGAAGUGAGUAAAAAUGCUCUUCUUGGUUUGCAAUGCUUAUCUGCUAUUUGCAGCACUUUUAUUCAAGGUACUUAGAUUUAUUUUCCUUCUUUCAGUUUGCUCUUAUGUUUACAUUUUACUUGUGAUUUUUCUUGUUUAUGGCAACUUAUUUUGUGAAGUUUUAAUGAUGUGUAGGUUUUAGCCCUGUGAUUUUGUUUUAAGAAGUUGGAAUCUAUUCCAGCUUAAAAAGACUAUUUAUUUAGUCUGACUUUUAUGUCUAAAGUUACUUGAUAGCAUCCUUCUAAUAUUCACAAAAGAGCAACAGGGCAGAUGAGAUUACAAUCGGAAACUCAUCAAGGUAAAUUGAUGCCUCUCUUGGUCCUGGACAUUGCUGUUAGCUGUCUUCAGCUUCAGAAGUAGGAGUAGUGCCUGGGAGAAGAUGGAAGACUCCUUUUCAGCUGGGCCAAGCAAUAAAAUUCAUUCUGCCACCAUGGAUAAUAAAAAUGAUCCCCCAGCAGCUAAAUCUGAAGAUGAACUAAGUGUAGCCAACAUCUCAGUCCAAAUGGUAGCUGCAGAAGACAAAUUGGCAAAGAGGAUUCUGGCAAGGAAAAAACAUGGCAAACUGAAAUUGAAGAAAAAAGAUAAGUUGCUGUGGAAUUUUCAAAACAAAAUAAUUCUCUUUACCCUCAUUCUAUUCAUUUUAGGAGUUGUAACCUGGACAUUACUAUGGCUCUUCAUUGUUCAGGCAGAAAACAAAGAUGCAUUGUAUUUUGUUGGACUAUUUCGUGUUGCCAAUAUAGAGUUUCUCCCAGAAUACAGGCAAAAGGAGUCGAAAGAAUUCCUCUCUGUAGCACAGAAUGUGCAGCAUGUGAUGAACUUGGUCUACACAACCUCCUCUUUCUCCAAAUUCUAUAAGCAGUCCACCGUUUCAGAAGUCAGCAACAACAACAAUGGAGGCCUUCUUAUUCAUUUCUGGAUCGUAUUUGUGGUACCACAGGCAAAAGGUCAAGCUCUGUGUGAAGAUUGUGUGGCUGCCAUUUUAAAGGAUUCCAUUCAGACAAGUAUCAUCAACAGGACCUCUGUGGGAAGUCUCCAGGGUCUUGCGGUUGACAUGGACUCCAUUGUACUAAGUGCAGGUCUUCGGUCAGAUUAUUGGUCAACAACGGGAACAGGAACAAAUUGUAUGUAUGAUCUAUAUGCCGAUCGCCUACAUGAGCACUUUCCUCUGGAUAUCCACACUACCUCAGGGGGAAUGAUCUGCUACUUUAAGCUGAUUGCAUCCGUGGGCCAUCUUAUUCGUCUUUCAAUAGUAUCCCUCCAGAUUGAAGCAGAUAACUGCAUCACUGACUCGCUAACCAUUUAUGACUCUCUGAUGCCAAUCAAACAUAAGAUACUGUACCGAGCUUGUGAACCAGCUGAUUCAUUGGUGUCACUUGUGUCCACAAAUAAUCUCAUGCUGGUAAUGUUUAAGGCAGCACAAAUAAAAGAACAGAAGGAAUUCCAUGGAUAUUUUGAGGUCAUUACACAAGAAAAGUGUGGAAAAGCAAUAGUGACAAAAGAGAAAAUUGGCUAUGAAGGGAGAAUUACAAGUCCCUAUUACCCAAGCUAUUAUCCUCCAAAAUGUCUUUGUGCAUGGAACUUCCAGACUCCACAGAAGGGCCUCGGUAUAGCUCUGAAGUUUCAUAACUAUACCAUCAGUGAGAAGAAUAUUAAAGGCUGUGAGCGAGGAUGGUGGAAAAUUAAUGAACACAUGUACUGCGGUUACUAUGUUGAUCACCAAACAGUCUUCCACAUUGCAAGUUCUGCUGGCAACAUCGAGCUUCAGUGCAGCUCGAAGGUCUCGGAGAAGCCACUUCUGGUGGAGUAUGGCAGCUAUAACAUCAGCCAGCCAUGUCCACCUGAACAUUUCAAGUGUUCUACUGGUUUAUGUAUCCAGCAGACGCAGCGCUGUGAUGGGAUAAACCACUGCUUCGAUGGAAGCGAUGAGCUCUUUUGUGUUGUCCCUGGGUGGAACUGUAACUCCAGCUUCGCAAUACAGGAUAACCUGCUUGUCUGCGAUGGAAUAAGUGACUGUGAGAAUGGAAAAGAUGAGCAGAACUGCACCCACAGUAUUCCUUGCACCAACCACACAUUCAAGUGUAGGAAUAACAUUUGCAUUAGGAAACAAAAUGCAAAGUGUGAUGGGACUGUGGACUGUACUGAUGGAAGUGAUGAAAGCAGCUGCAGUUGUGGCAGCAGCAAGAGCAGCAACCCCAUCUCUCGUAUUGUGGGUGGCACGAACACUGAGGAAGGUGAAUGGCCCUGGCAGGUCAGCCUCCAUUUUGUGGGAGCUGCUUACUGUGGGGCAUCAGUGAUAUCAAAAGAAUGGCUUGUGUCUGCAGCUCACUGCUUUCAAGGGAGCAAGCUGGCUGACCCCAGAUCAUGGCGUGCUUACCUGGGGAUGCAAACGCAAGGCCGUGCAAAGUUUGUAUCUGCGGUGAGACGGAUCAUUGUCCACGAAUACUACAACAGCAGAAACUACGACUACGACAUUGCGCUGCUGCAGCUGAGCAAGCCAUGGCCAGACACCAUGAGCCAUGUCAUCCAGCCAAUCUGCAUUCCUCCCUUUUCACACAAAGUCCGCAGCGGUGACAAGUGCUGGAUAACAGGUUGGGGCCAAAAGCAAGAAAUGGAUGAUGAAGGCUCAGCAAUUCUUCAGAAAGCAGAGGUAGAAAUUGUUGACCAAACAUUAUGUCAUUCCACAUAUGGGAUCAUCACAGCUAGGAUGUUUUGUGCUGGACUAAUGUCCGGGAAAAGAGAUGGGUGCAAAGGUGAUUCUGGUGGACCAUUGUCAUGUCAAAGCAAUGGAGAUGGAAAAUGGUUUUUGACUGGCAUUGUUAGCUGGGGCUAUGGAUGCGGAAGACCAAAUUUCCCCGGUGUCUACACAAAAGUGUCAAAUUUUGCAUCAUGGAUCCACAAAUUUGUGCCUUCAGUCUUGUAACUUGAAAACUGUGUUGAUGGAAUAAAACAUGUCCUGCAUAUCUUCAUUAAAAAUGGUAUUGGGUAAAA